AUGUACAGCUUUGGGGACUUUGAGCUGAAGUAUCUGCUUCAGUUCUCAGCCCUGACAGAAGUGCUAUUUCACUUCCUAACUGAGCCAAAAGAGGUGGAAAGGUUUCUGGCUCAGCUCUCUGAAUUUGCCGCCACCAAUCAGAUCAGUCUUGGCCCCCUCAGAAGCAUCGUGAAAAGCCUCCUUCUCGUUCCAAAUGGUGCCUUGAAGAAGAGUCUCACAGCUGAGCAGGUCCGGGCUGAUUUCAUAACUCUGGGUCUUAGUGAAGAGAAAGCCACUUACUUUUCUGAAAAGUGGAAGCAGAAUGCCCCCACCCUUGCUCGACGGGCCAUAGGUCAGACUCUGAUGAUUAACCAGCUUAUAGAUAUGGAGUGGAAAUUUGGAGUGACUUCUGGGAGCAGCGAACUGGAAAAAGUGGGAAGUAUUUUUUUACAAUUAAAAUUGGUGCUUAAAAAAGGAAAUCAAACUGAAAAUUUAUAUAUAGAAUUAACCUUGCCUCAGUUCUACAGCUUCCUGCACGAGAUGGAGCGAGUCAGAACCAGCAUGGAGUGUUUCAGCUGAUUUCUGUCCCCCUGCAUCUCCACCUUGUCCCUUCCCCUGCUGCCUCUCCUUCUGUGAGCGACUGUUCUGAGAAGCACCUCACUCACAGGCCAGUAGGGCACUGAUUUGGCCCCGCUUACUUCUUGGGAGCCCAGGUGCAAAGGCUUCUGACAAACAACAGGAUUAAGUACUUAAAGAGCCCUACACAAUUACCCUGUAAACUCUUUGUUAAGGGAACCUCCACCACCUAUCUUCCAGGACACUUGUUAGAAAUUCAAACAGGCUAGCAUCUCAGGUUCAGGGAGGAAAUAAGUGAGUCACCUCCCCAUCAAAGUUCCAGAGUAAACAAGUGGUGCCAUUACUGAAGAUAUAGGCUGAUCGCCCUCCCCCCAAAAAGCAAGGGCUUGUUUAUGACUGAGGGAGAGGCUGGCUCUGUGAAUGACACGUGGGGAGUCCCCUACAAGAUUUCUACCCUCUAUGGUUUUGGUGGUGGUACAUUGCUAAUUAGGUUUUAAUGGGGCAUCUAUAUAUAAAUACACAUUUGGUCUACUCUGAAAAGAACUGAGGCUAAACUGUCUUCAUUUCCGGUUUUGCCCUAUUGUUUUGUAAUGAGGCAGGACUUUGUUUGAGUUUGUUUUGGUUCAAACUGACCACAUCUGUGGUUAGAUGAUUAAUAAAAAAAGGUUCUAAAGAAAA